AUGGCCAUCCAAGAAACGGACUCCGAGGAGUCCAAGAUCACCACCCUCCUCACCUGCUUCCCCCACGACCAGUCCUUGGAAUCGCUCGUCCACAUCCCCCGCUUCCGCCAGCGUCUCUCCAUCCUCUCAGCAUGGUCCAUCGCACCCGGUAGUCGCGUCCUGGACAUCGGCUGCGGCCAAGGCGACUCCUCCCUCGCUCUGGCCCUGGAACUCGGUCCAAGUUCCCACGUCACCGGCAUCGACACCGCUCCCCCGGACUACGGCACCCCGCUCACCAUCUCCGAGUCCCAGGAGAAGAUCCUCCAAUCUCCUCUCGGUGACCGCCUCGCCUUCCAGAACCAAGUCGACGCCGCUACCUUCUUCAAGUCCUCUUCAUCCUCGAGGUUCGACGCCGCCACAGCCUGCCACAGCCUCUUCUACUUCCCCUCCCCCGAGUCCGUCGCCUCUCUGUUCAGCGAACUAGCCGGCGCCGGCAUUGGCAAGGUCUACGUUGCCGAGUACGACCAGAAGAAAACUUCCUUCCCAGAAAGCCAGACGCCGCACAUCCUCGCCGCCAAGGCGCAAGCGCUUUACCACGCUUACAAGUCCGAAGCGGAUGAUGUCCUCAACAAAAAGGAGCAGCAGCAGCAGCAGGAAAACCAGCAGCUCGGUCACAUCUCCUCUAAGAACAGAGAGCCGCCGCUGAAUAUCCGCGCUGCGCCCGAUGUCGAGUCCAUCACCAAUGCGGCCAAAGCGGCUGGGUUUAGGGUGGGUAGGGAAGGGAAAUUCACGCCCAAGGAGGAGUAUCAGGAGGGACACUUUGAGACGAGGUAUGUGAGGGGAGUGAGGUUUGAGGCGAGGGUCAAGGAGGAGGAGUUUGCGAAGGAGAGGGAGGAGGAGAUACUGGGGGUGAUUGAGGAGGUUAGGAGGGCGUAUGAGGAGAUGGAGAGGAGCGGGAUGGAGAAGGUGAGGUGUAUGGAUGUUUGGUGGGCUGAGUUUGAGUUGGAGUAG